CACGAAGGAACAACAAACCGCAUGUUGAACUGAGUGGGAGGCUUGGUCCUGAACAGCUAGUCCUAGUUGAUUCUGGCACGUCAAAGUCGUCGCGCUACAACUAAACUCUUUUCGAAACAAACGCAACAAUGAUUCGGAAGAACGUAAAUUCUCUGGUUCAGCGCCAUUUCAUGCCAAAGGGUGGCAAUAGCCGUUUUGUCUCCCCGGCGUCUUGGGCAAUAUGUGACUCGAGGACGGGGAAAGACGAUCAUCAUCGUCAGCAGCAACAGCAAUGUGCAAGAAUGACACCUUUCGCUAUUGGUACGUCAAUCCCAACGGUGUAUGGUGGAGAAGUAGUAACAAACAACUCGACGCCCCAGCGAAGAUUUCUUUCGACCAGCGACUCUUCAACCUCUUCCUCGGCAUCGUCAUCGGCAGACCAAGGAGCUAAUUUCGAGGAUACCAUGGACAAAAUUUUCACCCAAUCGCAAAAAGUAGCGGCAACCGAAGGUGAUAAAUGGUUUGUGGACGAAGCUCUCACCCAAGAAGUCUGGGAUCCGAAAUGGUGGAACUUUGCCGACCACGCCGUGAGUGCGGUCACUUUCGUGAACGAUACAUCGGGAUUCGGGAUGGCUGCAUCGAUUUUGAUUGUUACGUGCUCCGUCCGUGCCCUCAUAUUGCCCCUUGCAAUCCGUGGACAGAGAGCUAGCUCGCGCAUGGCUCACCUGCAGCCGGAAUUAGCCAUGCUCAAAAAACGGUACGAGGCCCUCGGGACCCCGUCGCAGGCCGAACAGCAAGCCUUUGCGAAAAACAUGCAAGCCUUGUUCAAACGAUACGAAGUGACCCCUUUUGCCGCCUUAGCAACACCAUUAAUUCAGGCUCCAAUGUUCAUUGGAAUGUUCUUUGGAAUGAAAAAAUUGCCCGAUCUCUUUCCCGAGGCGUGCGCCAACGGUGGUUUAUGGUGGUUCACUGAUUUGACCGUACCUGAUCCUACGUACAUUCUUCCGAUUGCGUGCGGGAUCUCUUUCAUUGCCACUAUCGAGUCGGGAAAAGAUCAAAUGAUUGAUUCCAAUCCACAGCAUGGUCCAGUGAUUGUCAACGCUUUUCGGGCAAUGGCGGUGGUUAUGAUACCCGUGAUAACCUCCUUCCCGGCAGCAAUGGUACGUACGAUAAGCAUUUUCUAGGAACCGAACCUACUUCAUUACUUUACGUUUCAUUUUGCAAGCUACCAUUUUGCCUGACGAUACUGAUGCCAAUAUUUUAUUCAGCUUUGUUACUGGGUGCCCAAUAACUUUAUCACUAUGGUCCAAUCCAUCACCCUCCGAAAUGAUUGGGUUAAGCAACAAUUCGGUAUUUGGGAUCGUCCAAAGCCCCUGCCUGGCCAGGAGAAUGACGCAGGAUUUCAAGAUACCAUGGAAAAGCUUGUAAAACAAGUCAAAGGAGAACCAACAACAGAAAAGGAAAAAAUCGAGCGUCACAACAAAGAGAUUGAGACUCGAAAAAGGGUUCAAAAAGCGAGCAAAAUUGCACGAGCAAAUCGAAGACAAUAAGAAUAUCUUUUUGAGACUGGAAUUUGGAACUUUCCUUUUCUCCCACACCAAAACAUAUGGAACGCACUCUGUCUCACAUUGCAGUAACCAUCUCCGAUUGGUGUGGUUAUGAUUAUUAGUAUCGUUAUCGUAAGGUCGUUAUCAAUUGAAGGAAAUUCCACCUACUAGUUCUUCACGAGGAGAUCGAAGAAAAUUAUGACGCAUUUACGUUACUAUCCAUUUGUGGUACGGUACUUCGACUAUAAUUGUAAGAAAUUAAUCCGGUUGCCCAUACUUACAUUGACGUGAGAUAAACAUCAUGCCAACUGUCUCAUAGAACACAAGUCCAGUCGAUUCCAUCUAUUUCUUGGGGGAGAUAUUCUAACAUGCGAUACCAUAAACUGGGCAUCGUAGUUUCCCUACAUUGGUGACUGGUCUCAGGCUUUUGGGUCGCAGAUGGCAGGAGAGACUGCAGCUGCAUGGUGCUGUGAAAAGAGCAACAGUGCCUAAGAGGAACUGCCAUCUUAACAGCUGACAAACCUGAUGUUAACCAUUAU